AUGGGCCGCGGGGCGGUGCCCGGGGGUGUCAUCAGCGCGAUCACGGCGGCAUCGCCUGAGCCCCUGGGAGGGUCCCGCCCGUCCACAUCCCCACAGGGUGAGCUGUCAACGCCUUUAAAAUCAACCACCGAAGACAACGAGAAUGGCCACGCGAUAGGGUCCUACAUCUAUGAGAAGUCGCUUGGGAUGAGUAGCAGCCCCUCGAGAACGCUUCUGCGUGAUGGCGCGAGGUGGAGUAACGGGAUCAUGACACCUGCGGAUGUCUUUCCUGCUAACCGCCAUGCGACCGAUAUCAACGUUCAGGGCACUACGGACAACAAGAACUCCCCGAUCAGUGAUGAGACGUGGAAGGUCUCGCCUCCCCCCUCAUUCAGUGAGCCUGUGUCCGACAUCACGAAUACGAACUCCCCCCAACAAGACCCAUACUCUGACGUCCUAGAGCUUAUGCAAAAGUUUAAUCAUGAUAAAUUUAGUUACACGUUUGAACCAAUACCUGAGCCUCCUCAGGUUGAGGAAGACAAUUUGGAGGAAUUAGAAGAGCAAGUCGAGCUAUUGGAACUUCUUCUUUGCUGUCGACAACGUGAGAACGGUUUUCAAAUAGGCGAGACUUCUGGAAUUGAAUCCGACUCCUACAUAACCGCAGAAUCCAUUUUGAAGAAGACGCAAACAAUGUUAAACGAACUUGAAGAGCGUCAUCACGAGGAGUCUGAUAAGUCUUUAGAGGUAAUUAACUACCACCCCCUACUGAGGAAUUCAUGA